UCACAACAUAAUAUAUUUAACAUUUGUGUGUGGGAGCAACUUAUGCAAUUAAAUUAAUUUAGAAAACAAAAUUCCGGGUGUACACAGACACACACUCACACAAGAAAUAAUACACUCGAAAUGCUGCGUACAACGUCUUUGGGAUUGGUGGCAGCCGUUGGCGUGGCUGUGAAAUCCCAGGAGAAACCAGCUCCACAAGUACAAACACAAAAUCCACUCCUCUGCCGGCCCAGUGAUUUGCCCAUCUAUGGAUCCUUGCGUGAAUCUAGUCCCAAGUCAGAGCGACGCACCCUCAGGGAUUCAGCCCUGCAUCAGAAUCUUGAGGGCGGAGUGCGAUAUGUACGACAGGAAUUGCAAACUGGUUACAAAGCUGUUGCCGAUCAGGCCAGUGUCGUUGGUGAUUAUGUGGAUACUGCCAAGGCACACACACAGCGAACGAUUGACAUUCUAAACGAGCCACAGAAUUCGCUGCAUCGAAGUGGAGCUAUUGUUGUGGGCGGUUUGGCGGGUUUCAUCUUUGCUGCUCGUGGUGGAUUCAUUAAGAAGGUAGUCUACACAGGCAUUGGCGCUGGAGCCGUUGCCUCGCUCUGCUAUCCUCGGCAGGCGGAGGAGAAUGCCCGUGUUGUUCUUUACGAGGGUCGCAAGAUAUUCGCUGUCGCCUACAAUUUCAUUAAGGGCGUCAAGCCCGGCGAGGAAGUGCCCAUGGAGACCAUCAAUAAAUUUCCUACCUCAGUGGAAGAUUUAAAAUAUUUGGCCCUGGACCUGGUCGAUGAGGCCAAAGCUGUGCUAUUCCCUAAAAAGAAUUAGUCAAACGAUACAAUACGUCGACGGAGCAAUAAGAGAACCGAACCGGCCGUGAUAUGUGCUAACAAUUUAAGUGAAAUCCUUUGGUUUGUGUCUUCGAUCAUUUUAUUUUGAUUUCUUGUGAUCAUUAUUUACAACUUUCUAUGCAAUAACUUCUACAUAUAUUUAGAUCUUUUGAAAUCUGUACCAUAUAUUCGCAAAGGCUUUAAAUAUCUCUAGCGGUUCCAAUUUUUCUCCAAUUUUUUUGUCUUUCCUGAUGCGAGAAAUAAACGUGGUGCGUGGCGUCGCGUACUAAAAAGUAAAAUUCCAA